AUGCCUCGUUCUCGUGAAGAUCAUCCGCCUGAAAAUUCCUCCGACAACCAAGAAUACCACUUUGUGCCUCCUAAAAGAUCUCGACAUAGGAUGUUGGAGACGCUGCAAGGUAUGGCAGAGAAGAAAGUGGCAUCUGGCAAGAACUCAUCCGUCCACCGCACUGUUCAGAGAAAGUCGCAAAAGAAUAUGGCAGCCGGUGGAUAUCGAAUUGACAUGAGUAGAUACAAUUUUGACAGGGAUGCUUUGCCUAUUCCUGAUGUCUCGGCCGUAUUCGAGAGGUUCCAGCCACGAGAGACGCCACGUACGUUCAAGAGUGAACCUAUAGAACCUGAAGAAUGGAAAGCAGAACUCGCCCGUCAGAAGCAGGAAGCAAUUGACAAAAAGCAAAGACCAAAGCAAGCACGGGAGGAAGCACGAGUGGUGGGCCCUGAAGCAAGAAGAGCUAUCUCCCGAGGUAUGUUUAUUGAAAGCGCCGUCGACGACAGUGUCAAGGGCCACACUCGAAAUAAGCAGAUAUCACGACCUAGAGCACAAAGCAUUGUUGAUUUGACCGAUGAUGUUGAAGAUAUGCCCAUAAGCUCGACACUCGGAGAACCUACUGCUACACUGACUCGGCCAGUGUCACAGACAAGCCCUCACACGCCUGCCCGAGCAAUACGCCGGCCAAAUCCACCUAAGUACCGAAAACUAACACCAGCUCAAACUCAGAUGAUGGACCGAACUGCUGUGCCAACCAGUAUUCUUCAGCAAGCACGAGAUGCUUACAUGGAAGAGAACAUCCACAUGCCGGACGAUAUUAAGACAUGGAUCGAGUUCAAGUCCUUUGCCGCUCGAAAUCCCAUACCUAGAGUUCGACCUGCACUUGUUGUCUUUGCUCAAACUCAUACUUUUCGCACUGCACCUUGUAGACCACCACAACGUACUCACAGUGUAGUCCACGAAGAGGUGCUGGAGAAUGACCUCGACCAAGCAACUGCUAUUCCGUCUUCGCCAAUCGGCAUAGAACAAGAACAGCCUACAACAACCACUUUGGAAGAGAUGCGACAAAUUAAGCUCGAAUCAGAAGAACAUGAGCAAAAUCGCGGACUCCGACAGGAGGCUCCUGCUUUUGCAGACUCCACAUACUCGCAGGUUGAGAGUGAGCAGUCGAUGGGUAAGAAGACUUCUACAGCUACCCAGUUCAACCACGAUGCCGGUGCCACACAUACCAACCAAGAUGCUCCUCUUGCAGCUGCUGAUUCUUCGAAUUUGUCCGAUGCUGAAAUUCGAGACCUCGUCACACCCAUUGGUUAUAUGCCAGACAUUCUCCCGCUGAAUGCUCCCGAAGGUCAUGCACAUCUGAUUGCGUUGUGGAAAGCUGCCUUGCUCGACCUACCAUUGAACAAGCAUGACCACCUAACUCUACCAGAUACUGUGGUUUCGAUCCUUGCCAAGUAUGAUCUGUACACACAAUCCGCCGUUAAAGCUUUCCUCGAUCUUGAGGGUACGAGCCAUUUCUUCUUUCUCUUCAAGGCCAGAAACAACCACUUGCAUUCAUGGAGCAUUGAGAGGGAGGACAACAUUGUCACGAUUGGUAUCGAAAAUUGGAAGCGCUCACGCUCUGAUCAAGGUGCUUCCUCUGGUCAGUUCAAUCUGACCAUUCAGUAUCGGGUCUUGCCAGCUUCACCAUCCGCUCCCCUCGAUGCUUUGUCAAUAUCAAACCAUGGCGAACAAGUCUCUCGAUGUCAGGAAGACGAUGAACAGCCCGAAGAGAAUGAAAUCGAGGCAGCACCAAGAAUUCCUGGCCUGUGGACUCUUUACAACCUCACAAUCAUUCCAUCGAAUCCAGAUCUAUACACAUAUCUCUACCACACUCCCGCAAGCCGUGGCGCAGACACUCAUACCCUUGUGUCUCAUCCUACACAAUCACAUCUCCUGCCACCAGAUGACCUCAGCACCUUCGCCCGCUAUCUACAACAUACAUUUUGUACGAGCAAGGUCAUGGAUGCUGAAGUUCAAGUUGCGUGGGGUCGAAAAGUCCGUUAUGAUAAUAUCUUGGGUCGUGUUCGACCAGUUUGGGACAAUGCUCUCAAAGGUGCAAAGACUCAGAAAUUGAAGAGAGAAAGAGGUGAGUAUAAUCGACCUACUGUCAGCAAGUCAUCUGCGAAAAGAGUCAUUGGAUACGAUGGUCAUGAUCAUCCGAAUGCUAGUGAGGGUAAAGCUUACCUUGGUAAGUUGAAGCGUGGGGCAAGUAUGAUGGAUGAUCUUGAUGGGUCGACUGCGGUGGACUUGGACUCACUUCCACCAGCUGAGUUUGAUGAGGCUGCGGCCGAUGAGAGUCAGGGUGGAGGUGGAGCAGACGUGGGUGUGCAGGAGAGGGUGAAGAAGAGACCGAAGUUGGGGACAGGUGAUGAGAUUGAGAGUGAGUCUUCGGACAGUGGCAGUGAUUAG